AUGGCAAGUUGCGUUCGCUCCGCAGCGCCGGGGACACACUGCGUGUCGCGCCUUCUCCAGGAGUCUGUCACUGGCUCUGUUUCCCAGACUUUUCGCUCGCUUGCUCGGUGGCCCCAUCCGCGCACAGCCACCCGCUCCCUCCGCGCAUGCUGCGCAUCAGUCCGUCAGCCCGAUGAAUUUGUGGCAUGCAGUUCUAACCAGCUGAUGCGGCGGUCGAGUGUGGCGCCUGAACCGAGGGGUGUGCAGGAUGCUGGCAGGGAAGCCAGGCUUGGGGAGCGGCAUCCGCCUCAGGGGGGGAAUGUGCCUCAGGCAGACGCGCGCGCGGCACUGAGCGGCGCUCUGCGCCGCUCAGUGCCGCGCGCGCGUCAUCCAGUUUCCAGUUCGCACACCAGUGUCUUCAUGGCCCUUGGGGACCACAGCUCUGCCGGCAGUGAGGCAGGGCAUUCGCAGCCCUGUUCCCCUGCGCGUGCGUUGCCUCGGAAAGCGGCGCAGUCCAGCUCUUCCUCUCAGAUCCUGCGUAGGCAACUGCCUUGGAGACGGGGUUGUCUUUCCGGCGGACCUGGGGGCUUUCUUGGGACGCUGCAUUUCCCGGCCUCACCUGCCCUACGUUUCUUUACGAGCGAUGCCAAGAAGGGCGGAAUGAAGGCGCCCAAGAAGAGCGCUCCAGAGGCACCCGAGAAGAAAGACUCCAAGCAGGCUGGGAAAAAGAAGUCACACAUUCAGUCAGAAGGCCCAGGGAAUUUGGAUGGGACUCCACAGUCUGCGUGCAAGGCGAGACUUGUCAUUUCGAAUGGCUGGACUGGAUCUGCCGCGCCUCAGUCCUUGACUGCAGCGGAACAGUGGGAGCCCUCGUCGCUGACCUUGAAACAGCAUCAGCAGGUCGUCAUGUGGAAGAAGGCCAGAACGUGCAUCUUGUGUCAGAAAGAGGUUCAAGGAGGGAGUGUCGAGAAGCUCGAGACGGCGUGCGAGAAGGCUUGGCGGUUCAUCUCAGGCUACUCCAGAAACGCGCACGUCUGUCCGAUUCUUCCGCAGAUGCGAAUCAUGCGGUACGGUGAGCUCCCCUUGCGCGAGCGAGCCAAAUUCGACGCUAAGCUCCGCCGGGAAUGA